CCAUGUUUGCUCAGUUUGUUAUUGAAAUGUCAGAUACUGUGAACUAAUUUUAAUGACUGAGUUUCAAGAAAAUGGUUAGCAGGAUCGCCUUUCUCUUCUUUGGACUCAUAGUGACAUGGGUCAACUGCACAGAAAAGGGAAAGCAACCAAUGGUCUUUAACGACAACCUGUCCCCUACGUGGAGUUCCCUAGUGUUCUAUCUUCCGAACGAUAUCUUCCCCAUUGGAAUAUCAUGUGCAAAAUUCAGUAACUUCUACUGUCUCAGUGGUUAUCACACGGGUAAUGUUGACGAGGUGAUAUCACAGACUGCGAUCAGCAGAGAGGUUAAUGUCGGCAAUAGUCGCGUAGCAGUUCUGGCGUCCCAGUUCGAAACUCUGAUCAACAUGCAUUGGAAACUUAUCAACAUGUUCGACAUAUUUGAGGACAGCAAAGAACACUAUCUGUUUGGAGGUGGAUGUUGCAUCGGACAGGUGAAGAGAUACCUGCAGCACGGACUCCAGGACCAGGGUGUGUCCCCCUUUCUCUACAUGGACCAACUGACUGACUACUCCUCCCAAAACAAACAACUCAACUACAUCAAGGCGUUUCACGUUCCAGCACUCUGUAUGAACUUAAUAGUUGAGAUUGGGUUUGGAAAGGGUCCAUUAAAGAUCCAGUGGGACGGUCCAAAGAGUCCAUUUUCCGAAUUCUUCCUAAUGAUAAACAAUGUUGAUAGAACAGACGGUGGAAUAAUAUACGUACGGUACCUUGACCAUCGAAGUCCAACAAUUUCGUUCGAUUGGUUCAAGCAUAAUGUUAUCUGCAAAGAUCAAAAAUGGAUAUGCGAAGAGCUUACCAAUGACGAGAAGAAAACCUUGCAAGAAGUAAAAGGAAAGUCAAUGGCGGGUUCAGAAGAUGGUUUGGGUGAAAAAGAAGGGACACAAUUAGGUGAAAAAACCUCAAACGAAGAAAAAAGCAUAAUGACUGAGAUAAUGGCACAACACAAAACAACCGAUCGCCAAAAGGAAAGCGUGGCGAAUAAAAAACAAGGAGAAACAUCGAUAAGAAAAAAUGGCAACGAGUUGAACGUGAAAACAGAUAGUUCAGAUGAAGCAAAAACAAAAGCAGAAGCAGCAAAGAGAAGCGAAGAAGAAAAGAAGAGAAGCGAGGAAGAAAAGAAAAUAAGUGAAGCAGAAAAGAAGAGAAAGGAAGAAGCGAAGAAGAAGAACGAGGAAGGAAGGAAGAGGAACGAAGAGAAAAAGAAAAGAAAAAAUGAAUUAAAAAAGAUUUAUGAGGAAGCAGAAAAGAAGAGAAAGGAAGAAGCGAAGAAGAAGAACGAGGAAGGAAGGAAGAGGAACGAAGAGAAAAAGAAAACAAAAAAUGAAAUAAAAAAGCUAAGUGAAGCAGAAAAGAAGAGAGAGGAAGAAGUAAAGAAGAAAAGCGAGGAAGCAAAGAACAGAAGAGACGAAGAAGAACAAAGAAGUGAAGCAGAAAAGAAGAAUAAGGAAGAUGCAAAGAAGAAGAACAAAGAAGAAAAGAAGAAAGAGGAAGAAGUAAAGAAGAAACGCGAGGAAGAAAAGAAAAGAUUUGAGGAAGAAAAUAAAAGAAAAGAAAUAGAAAAGAAGAAAAAGGAAGAAGUAAAGAAGAAAAGCGAGGAAGAAAAGAAAAGGUUUGAGGAAGAAAAUAAAAGAAAAGAAAUAGAAAAGAAGAGAAAGGAAGAAGUGAAGGAGGAAAACGAUGAAGCUGAGAAACGACGCGAAGAAGAAAAAAAAACUGAAGCAGAAAAGAAGAGAAAGGAAGAAGUAAAGAAGAAAAGCGAGGAAGAAAAGAAAAGAUUUGAGGAAGAAAAUAAAAGAAAAGAAAUAGAAAAGAAGAGAAAGGAAGAAGUGAAGGAGGAAAACGAUGAAGCUGAGAAACGACGCGAAGAAGAAAAAAGAACUGCAGCAGAAAAGAAGAAAGAGGAAGAAGUAAAGAAGAAAAGCGAGGAAGAAAAGAAAAGGUUUGAGGAAGAAAAUAAAAGAAAAGAAAUAGAAAAGAAGAGAAAGGAAGAAGUGAAGGAAGAAAACGAUGAAGCUGAGAAACGACGCGAAGAAGAAAAAAGAACGGAAGCAGAAAAGAAGAGAGAGGAAGAAGUAAAGAAGAAAAGCGAGGACGAAAAGAAAAGAUUUGAGGAAGAAAAUAAAAGAAAAGAAAUAGAGAAGAAGAGAAAGGAAGAAGUGAAGGAGGAAUACGAUGAAGCUGAGAAACGACGCGAAGAAGAAAAAAGAACUGAAGCAGAAAAGAAGAGAAAGAAAGAAGCGAAGAAGAAGAACGAAGAAGAAAAGAAAGGGAGCGAAGAGGAAAAGAAAAGAACAAAUGAAUCAAAGAAGAUUAGCGGGGAAACAAAAAAGCUAAGUGGAGAAGAAAAGAGAAACGAGAAAACAAUGAAGAAGGAAGAAGAGAACAAAAAUAUUGAAGAAGAAAAACGAAAAAAAGAAGAGGAAAAACAGAAAAGCAAAGAAUUUUUAGCUGAAGACGGAAAGCCAGAAGAAUUUAGCGAAGAAGAAAAGAAUAAAAACGAGAAAUCGACGCAAGAAAAGAACAAAAGUGAAGAGCAAGAGAACCUAAGUUCAAAAGAUUACUUGAUAAGCGAAGAAGCAAAAAUGCGAAGCGAGGAAGCAAAUAAGAGAAGCGAGGAGGCAAAGAAAAUUGGCGCGGAAGCAAUGAAAAUAAGCGAUGUAGCAAAGAAGAGAAGCGAACAAGAAGAAAAAAGAAGCGAGGAAGAAAAAAAAAGAAGCGAGGAAGCACAGAAGAGAAGCGAAGAAGCAAAGAAAAGAAGCAAGAAAGCAGAGAAAAGAAGCGAGACAGCGAUGAAGAUGAGCGUUGAAGCAAAAGAGAAAAGCCUCGAAGAAAAUUGGAAAAGCCAGAAAGCAAAAACGAGCGGCGAAGAAGGAAAAAAGAGAAACCAGAAAGCAAAUCAGAGAAGCGAAAAAUUAAUCGAAAAAAGUAAAGAAGCAAAGGAGAGAAGCAAGGAAGAAAAGAAAAAAAGCAAGAAAGAAAAGCAAAUAAGCGAAAAUGAGAAGGAAAGAAGCAAAAAAUUUUUAAUUGAAAGCAAAAAAGCAAUGAAUAGAAGCGAGGAAGCAAAGAAAAGAAGUGAAGAAGAAAAAAAGAGAAGCCAGAAAGCUAGAGAAAUAGGAGAGAAAGCAAUGAAAAGGAGCGAAUUAGAAAAGAAAAAAAGUGAAGAAGAAAAGAGAAACGCUUUGGAUCUAGGUAAUGAAAAAAGUCAUGAAGAUAAAAAAGUAAACGAAACAGCUUCGGAUGACGAAGAGUGGGCGAUAGACAAAGCGCUUCUAGAAGAAUUGAAAAAGAUACAGAAAGCAGCGCUGAAAAAGAGCGAAGAAGAAGCCAGACAAAAAGAAAUGAGAAGAUUAGAGAAAGCCAGAUUGAAAGGAAUCGAAAGGUCAGAGCGGGCGAAAGUCGAAAAGAUUCGAGAAGCGAGAGCAAACCAAAUUGUAGAGAAUGAAAGAGUGAACCACUUGCAAACAAUCAGUGCUAUAAAUGAAGCUAAAAUAAAAUACCAUCGAAAGAUGAUGAGAAAAACUAGGAAAAAGAUGAACAAAAUAAGGAUGGCAAACAAAAGAAAUAUGAGACGACAUGAAAAAGCCAUUAGAGAAAAUAAAAGAAUCAAAGAAAUACGGAAAAAAGAGCGGAUUCAGAAGUUGGAGAGAAUGAGACAGUUAGAGCAGGCCAUCGCAGAAAAAGAAGCCAGAUGGAUUGAGAAAUCAGGCGCCCAAACAGUUGAUCAAAAGAAAAGUAAGCAAGCUGGCAGAAAAAAGCAACAUGAAGGAAACGGCAGCAAAGGACGAUCCAAGAAACAACCCAAGAAACAACCCAAGAAACAAGCAGAAAAAGGAAGAAAAACGAAAUCGAAGAAGACGCAGAAGAAAAAUAAUGAGGAAGAUAUAAAGGCUGAGAAACAGCGUGAUCUGACAGUAGCAGAGGUGGCCAGGGUGUGGUUCUCAAACGGUCAAGCUGAAUACUUUGCCUCCGAUUGUGUUAUUUCAUAGUCUGAAUAAAAAACUUUUUUUUCAAAUACCGAAGCUGUUAAAUUUUGCCGAAGUAAGUCCCGUGUGUUCUUGGUUGUUCGCUAAUUUAUUAAAUUAUUCAAGAAAGAGGAUGAUAUCAUACUCAGGGGCGGAUCUAGGAUUUUCUCGAGGGGGGGGG